AUGAAAACAGACAUACGCGCAUACUUUGCGCCUAGCCGCGCACGCUCGUCUCCCACAGCGAAUCUCACCAACAGUGACAACGUUGCUAGCAAGGCGAACAAUAACAGAAUGUCCAAGAAGCGCUCAAGUGCCCAGGCGCAACUGCCGCCCGGACCAAUCGGAGUUUUUACUCACGUUGCUAUCCCUGUUCGAGCCAAAAGAGUCAAGCCCAGCGUCGCAUUCCACGUCGAACAUGCGACCACCUCUUUGCCAACCCCACAAGGUUCCUCGGAUGAGGCAAAACGUCCUCCGUUACGCCGUGCUAGAAACGGACGGGUGUCAUAUGCCGAACUGGCUCCCCCACCUGACGAGAGCGACGCCGGUGACGCUAUUGACGAUGACGAGGAGUCCGACUAUGCAGAGCCCGAGGCCCCGGCUUCACCUCCAUCUGAAGAGUUUGAUUCGGAUUCAGAACCGACCGCGAGUGCCGAGUCCGACACCAGUGCAGAUGAGCGCGGCGCCGAAGUCAUGGACCUGGAUGACGAGCCCGAAAUUUCCGUGCAGAACGCGCCUCCUAAGCCUCAAAGAGCCAAGAGGAAGGAUGCCGCCAGCAAAAGGCCGGCUAGGCCGCGCAGCAUCGACGCGAGUCUUCCGCCAUUGUCAAGCAUCGAAGAGAUCUUCAAGGACAUCACGGAGCGCGCGAUGAGCAAGGGUCUCCGCAAGACGUUAAAGGCACUCAACCGUCACGAACUUCGAAUUGCUACCAUGUGUUCCGGAACAGAAAGCCCGGUCCUAGCCCUUCAGCUCGUGUCCGAUGCCCUGCAGAAAAACGGCAACGCGUUGGGCCUCAGACACGUCUUUAGCGCGGAGAUUGUACCAAAAAAGCAGGCCUACAUCGAACGGAACUUUCACCCGCCAAUUAUAUUCAGGGACAUCCGGGAGCUUACGAAAGAGGAUGCAUUCGAGGCGGGGGCGACAAACGUGUACGGCGCAAAAGUGGCGAUUCCGGGAGACGUCGACCUCCUCGUAGCCGGUUUCUCUUGCGUCGAUUUCUCUGCUCUCAAUAAUAAGGGAAAGACAUUAAACGAAAAGGGAGAGUCUCGGGAUACUCUCGAGGCGAUCUUGAGCUACGCCGAAAAGUGGAAGCCCAAGAUCAUCGUCUUGGAAAACGUCUACGGAGCACCUUGGCCAAAGUGCGUCAAGCGUGCGGAGAAGGUUGGUUACGCGGCGGAUUUCGUGCGCGUGGAUACGAAGGACUACUAUCUGCCGCACACCCGUACGCGUGGAUACAUGGUGUGCAUCCACAAAGAGCAGUUCCCUGGGCCUGGGAGUGCGCGCACGGCUGUGAGCCAAUGGAAGGACCUAAUGCAAGAUUUCAAACGUCGCGCGAGCGCCCCGGCGUCCGAUUUCCUCCUACCUGCUGACGACCACCGAGUACACCAAUUCAACUCCCAGCUCACUACCCAGUACAGACAAGACGCAAAAGACAGGACGGUCAAUUGGGAUGCCUGCCGCAUUCGACACCAAAAGUGGAUCGACGGGGGCACAUGCGUCACUUUUGAGAAUGCACACAAGAUGUGGUUUCAGAAGCAGGUCGAAAGGGUGUGGGACUCGAUCGAGAUUCGUUUUCUCCGCGCCGCAAAGGACAACGGUAGCAGCGCGCCCGGAUACGAUCCCGCGUUCAAAACCUCGAUAAUGGAGUUGAGCCAGAACGUGGACAGGUUCGCCCAGGAGAUGCCGUUCGGCAUAUGCUCCUGCAUCACCCCCUCUGGUAUAUUCUAUCUCACCGAUCGCGGUGGUCCUCUGACACCCUACGAAACGCUGGCUCUCCAGGGGCUUCCUUUGGACAAGAUAUCCUUUACCAUCGAGACUAUGCGUGAGCUACAGGACCUUGCGGGCAACGCUAUGAGUUCGACCGUCGUCGGCAUUGCACAGAUAGCGGCCCUUAUCGUGGCAUCCCCAAUGCUCAAGCAAGCCAGUCCGCCGGCGACAUCCGAACCGGCGACAUCUUCCCAAAUCGAUUCGUCCAUGCGAGGAAAGGGAGAUCUACGACCGGUAGAGCACAAAGACCUCAAUCCCUCGGAAUUCUCCGUCGGUCGGCUCUGCGAGGACGCAUCGAAUAGCAUCCGACUCUGCCGUUGCGAGGGUCGAUUUGGGAGCACGGACCAAGAAGUACUCGUGUGCAAGAAGUGUGAGCAUACCGUAUGCCUAGACGAGGGUCUCUGCGAUAAGUAUUUUGACAUGGUGUCCGAGGCUCUUGACGAGCAAUUCGAGUUUCAACAUUUCCAGCGAACCUCGAAAUGGGCUGUCCAUUACGAGUCGCCCCGGGCCAUCUUGAAGCUUGAAAUUGGCCGCGAAGCAGUAUGGCUUCUGUUCGUCAAGGCUCCCGCCCAUUUGGCUGGAGACGAUCCGCUCAGAGAUCUCCUAAGGUCGCCCGUCGCUCGUGCCAAGCUACCGAUUGAUCUGGACACGAAUGGCCACGACGAUUGUUGGGCGGAUCAUUGGGAAUGUGAGGAAUUCAAUCGAUCCUGGAGGGCUGUGUAUGGGCUUGUCGAGUACCAGAAAGAGACGGUGCCACAGCAGCUCAAGGUGUCAAUUUCUGCAGACGAUGCAAAGCUUUUACCCCAGGAUAUUUCUGGGACUUACGAGCACCUGCCGGAUUCCGCCCCCUUGUACCUUUUCCUAGAUCCUUCGCCGAUUGGUCCUGUGGAUCAGGACUCCAUUGUAUUUUCUAACGGACACGAACGUCUGGAGAGCAACGAGCAAAGAGAAGUGGUCACCCGUCUGAAGCCUUCGUUCCGGCCCUGGAACCGGAAAUCAUUCGAGACCGAGGGCAGUCUUGCUGGGCUCUGGGUACAGGAGGACGCGUCAAAGCUUCACGCGUCACGCGACAUUCUCGUCGUCAAAGGCCCGAACAGCAGUCGUGAUUGGGGCACGAAAGUGUCUCAAGAAUGCUCGCAAAGUCUCGCGGUUCUGAGUUUGAAGUUCCAAGUUGAGGAGAAUAACGAAUUAAGGGAGCGCCGUUUCGAUGAGCGCAAUGGAGCAGCGUUCAUCAAGAGUUUUUCGUGGGUUCUCGCGACCAACGCGCACCUUCCCAGCCUGAAAGAGUGGCGAAGGCUCGACAUUGGUGAUAUCGUCGGACUUUGCGAUACGUGUGGUCCCGUGCUACCGUCAGUCCGGUGGGCCCUGUCAGACUCCGGGCGAGGGAAGACCAAGAGUACCUUUGUCGCUCAGGAGGACCCCGAAGAAGCCGCUCGGGCACUCGCUCAUCUCCAUCCCCGUCGAGGGAACCCAGUCCUCGCGUGGAAGCUGACCACCGAGUACGUGCCUCCGGCGGCGCCGGACCUUCGGCCUUUUCGACUGUUGAGCAACAUCCUCGAUCGUGAACACGACCAACCGAGGAACUUCCGCCUCGACCUUCGGCCCGCUCAGCGGAGGUCCCUUUCCUGGAUGAGACAGCAGGAAAAUGGCAAGCAUUUUGCUGUGCAGGAAAUCGCGGAAGAAGUCAUUGAGCCAAUGCGUUGGAGAAUGGAAGCCAAGGCUGAGAUCGACAUGACAGUCAAGGGUGGUGUCGUCGCCGAUCAAGUGUCGUAUGGCAAGACCAUCACAUCCCUGGCGCUCGUUCACGCGGGGUUUUGCGAAUCUCAAGACGUUCCCAGCGGCGACGAGGGAUUGAUCCCUUUGAAAGCAACGCUGAUUCUUGUCCCGAACAACUUGCCCAAUCAAUGGAUGCAAGAGGCGUUGAAAUGUCUGCCGAGCGAAGACUACGCUUCUGGGGAAAUCCUGAAGAUCAGGAACGCUAACGAGCUCAAGAAUUUGCGUAUUCAAGACUUCAGACGCGCGAAGAUCAUCAUCGCCUCGUUCUCUCUGCUUGGCAAGGAUUUUUACGCUCAGCAGCUCGCCAACGUCUCGGCCGUUCCAGAGACACCCAUGUCGGAGGGGCGUCAAUACGAUGCGUGGUUAAAGUACUGCCUCAAACGGAUCCCGGACGCGAAUGACCAGCUGAGACGCCUUGGUGUUUCCUCGUUCAAGCGGUACCUCAAAGACGAACUUGAAAAGACGAAGUCCCUUAAAGACUUCACCGGAAUCAUGCCCUCGAAGCCGCCGGCGGCUGUCAAUGCCUUCAACCGCAUAAUCAUAGACGAGUUCCACUACCUCCGCGAUAGAGAUUACACUGCUCUGGUCACCCUGUCAGCGGAGAAAAGGUGGAUCCUUUCUGGAACGCCGCCGCUUGGAGACUUUGCAGAUAACUCCGCCGACAUCGGUGAUGUCAAGUGCUACGAGAGUCUGCAGUCUGUCCCGUUGGCGCUCGACCAUCGCGCAGAUUACGAAGAGCUGUCCUCGUACCUCAAGGGACGGAACAUGACCAUGACUGGCCUCUCGGGCGCGGAGAUAGCGCUUGUCAAUUGCUGUAGUCGCGGAACGGAGUUGAACGAGCAGACGAAAAGGCUGUGGGACUACAUCCUCGAAGCAGCCACUCUCGCCAAACGUAGCGGGGAUCCGAACUCAGAAUGGAAGGGGUGGACAGAGAGAUACCGAGGGGAAUUGAGCACAACUGCAGACCCAAAGUCUCACGCCGAAAUCAGAAAGAUGAUCCUAAAAGCUGAGAAACAAUGCGCCGGGGUUGUCAACACGCAAUCUGCGAAUGCUGCAGCCAACUUGCAGAAGCUCGUGCGAACCAAGGUUAAAUCAGCACUCUUGGAGGGGAAGGACUUGAAGUGCGAAUGCGGCGACGCUCCUCACACGGCACCUGCCUUGUUCACCUCAAUCAUCGUCGGGUGUGGUCAUGUUGUUUGUCACGAUUGCCUGGACGAUGGUAUGGCCAAAGAGAGAUGUGGCGUCGUCGGGUGCGAGAUGGAGAUUCGAGAGCACGGAGUUCUCGACGCAGAGACUUUGCGGAGCGUGAUCAAGUUGCUGAAGUCGAUCCCCGACGAGGAACAGGCUAUCAUCUUCGUGCAAUCCUACAGCAUGAUGUCAAAGGUCGAUGAAGCACUUUCGGCCCGAGAAAUUGAAGCUUUCGUGAAGAACUCGCGGUACACGGACAGCGAUAAGACGAAGCUGAAUAGUGAGUUUGGCAAGGUCCUGAUUCUUAACUUGGGAGACGAAUCGGCCUCUGGAAUGAACCUCGUCAACGCGAAUCACGUAAUCUUCCUCUCGCCGCUCCUCACCAGUACGAGUCAAAAAUACCACGCGGCCAUGAUCCAGUCGAUCGGACGGGCGAGGCGAUAUGGACAGCAGAGACCAGUUCACGUGUACCGGUUCAUUGCACCGCACACGAUUGACGUGGAUAUUCUGGAACAGCGGGAGCAGAGAAGCGAAGCGUUGGGCUCUCAGCCUCAAGAAAUGAGGAUGCCGGGCGACACGGCGCAUGAACACGUGCAGGUGAUUGAAGAUGCCAAAAGAGGCAUGAUGGUGGUGCCAAGGUCAUGGAUCGAAGACAUAGGUCAGGCACACAGCCACGGGAUUCUCACAAAGGUUUCCAGCGCCGAAGAAGUCGAGCGGUUCAAUUCGCUCUCGAGAUUCUCUGACGCAUUCGCUGAAGAAGCCUAA